AUGUUGACCCGGCCUGAGAGCAUCGAGGAAUGGUGCUACUUAGUGCCACAUUUGCUUUCUCAAAAUGGUUGGCAGACCGUCCAGCAGACUCCGUCUUCUGCAGUCUUGCACUGCUCCUGCCCCUGGGGCGGCAGCUUAGUGAAAGCUUCAUUUUGGGACCUCCUUCUCAUCGACCCUCCGGAUGAUCCAGCCUAUGUUCUGUGUCGCCCGGAGACCCGUGCUUGGAGUUGGCAGGUUCAGCCUGAGUUAAGCGGCGAAUCCAUCCAAGAUUUGUGUGUGGUGGCCCCUGGAAACUGCACGCUGCACUGGUGGGUAGACUGGAAAAUGAUGCCUCUGUGGGAUGUGCUGUUUGGGUGUGGCCGACAGCUGGGCCAGUGGAAGCUGGGCCACGCAAGCCUCCGGCGCAAUUACCCGGAGAAAGGCGACUGCUCUCUGGCCAUGUUCGACUGCUUCAAGCCCAUGCAGCGUCUCACGCACAGCCGCCCUGACAAAGAUGGGAAAUAUUCUGUGUGCGUGAUACUGGCAAUCCCCGAAGGCUUCCACUACAGGAACUGGGAAGCUCCGCACGUCCACUUGGCGCUUGAUCUCUUCAGGUCAACUGCGCUUUGGUAUCUGAACCGGCCUGGAAUCCAGAUGGAACGGUUUCAGGAUCAAGCAAUGUAUGUGGUCCUUACGAUCACAAGCUUCAAGCAUGGCCGGCUUCUACUCCCUGAUGCAACCCAUGAAGCAAAACACACCACAAAGAUCGAUCGUGGCCAGGAUUUCGGGCUUUCUACAUGGGUCCGUUACCAUCCCUCAAUGUCUGGCAGUAGGUGCUUCUCUUUCUCAGAGUAUCUCGGCCUAUUCUUGGAGAGGCUAGGCGAGCCAGCAUGCACUUACCAAUCAUUGGAUGGCCAAGAUCUUCUGCCAUAUCAGUGCGUGAUGGCGCGGUCGGACUGGUGCAGGGUCAGGGAUCGCUUUCAGGAGGCUUUCACUCUGCAGAAGAGUGCAUACCGUCGUGCCAACGGCGGAACAGCCGCGCCAAGAGUUACGGAGGGUGCGCAGCCGCGCUUCUGUCGGGAGGCGAGGCUCCCCGCCCCCUUGUGGAGUCAGCUUGACCCGGUGUCAAGCUGCGGCUUGGUAGUGCACAAUACUUUCUUGGAGAUUGACGAGUCUGAUGGGGACACAGAUGAAGCGGUUGGAAGAACCAGGACAACCUCACCCGCUCGCUCGCGAUGCGAGGUGAUGGCUGCCUGA